AUGUCUCCUUCUUCCGAUGUUACUGAAACUCCCACUCCCACCCACAACUCUUCAUCCACAACAACAGGCAGUGGAAAUACCAUCGAUUCCACACAUCCCUUCUUUCUUCAUGCAUUUGAUGCACCAGGGAUGAUACUUGUCAACAUACCAUUUGAUGGUCGAGGUUAUGCCGGAUGGAGCAGAUCUAUCUUGAUUUCACUAUCAGCCAAGAAUAAGUUGGGUUUUAUUGAUGGAUCAUGCCUUAUGCCAACCCCAACUGAUCCUACUUUUCAAACCUGGAGCAGAUGUAACCAUAUGGUUACAUCAUGGUUGUUAAAUUCUUUGACCAAAGUAAUUGCUGACAGUGUCCUCUAUUCAAAAACAGCUAAGGAUCUAUGGCUGGAUCUGGAGCACGGCAACUGUGAAUGUGGUGGUAAGAAGAAAAUGCAGCAAUUUAAGGAAGAUGAAAGGCUCAUUCAAUUCCUCAUGGGAUUGAAUGAGACCUAUAGACAGGUUAGAAGCAACAUUCUCAUGAUCAAACAAUUACCCUCAGUCAAUCAAGCAUAUUCUCUUCUCAUGCAAGAUGAGAAUCAGAGGGAAAUUCAUGUCAAUCCUCAUUUCCCAACAGAUGGUUCUUCAUUCAUGGUGAGAAAUCAAGCUUCUCAGAACCAUCAGACCUCUAUUGGUUCUCAAUUUUACACUCAACAGAAGGCUAGAAACAAUUCCUACAAAGGGAACUCUGGAUAUAAAGGGAAGAAGAAUGCACAGAUGUGUUCUUAUUGCAAGAUGACUAAUCACACAAUUGAAAACUGUUAUAGACUUAUAGGUUUCCCUGCUGAUUUUAAAUUUACUAAAAGCAAGAAGAUGCAACAUACUGCAAAAGGAAAUUCAGCUGCUGCAAUAGAGGAUACAUGA